AUUUAGCUUACGGCAUACGGCAACGUGCGGCGCCAUCAAUAUGGAUUGAUCCGUUAGAUAUUAUCAACAUUAAAAAUUAAUGCGCUUUGACGUGCAUUUCUUUGCCCGAAUAACAUCUGUUUUUAGCAAACUAUAAUGAGCCGGCCUCCCCGAGCGAAUGUGGAUACCUAUGGAUUUGAGUGGCCAAAAGAUUUUAAUCAUGAGCAGUAUGAUCAGUUCAUGAGUAAAUAUCUCCCAGUAUUGAGUCGAAGAGCCCAGAAGUGGGAAAAGCUCCUAAAUUCAAAACAAGGAUUUCGUAAAAGUAAUAAAGUUAAAAGAUAUGUACGAAAGGGUAUCCCUAGUAGUCACAGAGCUGUGAUAUGGUUGAUAAUUAGUGGUGCUAAGGAAAUGAAAGAACAGCAACCAGAUCUUUACACAACUAUUUUGAGAGGCCCAAUGAAGCAAGAAAUUAUUGAAACAAUAAGUCUUGAUAUUCCACGUACAUUUCCAGAUAAUAUUUACUUUAAAGGAACAUCUGAUGAUUCAAAAAGGGAAUCUUUAAAAAAUGUAUUACUGGCAUUUGCUCAUCAUAAUCCAUCUAUUGGAUAUUGCCAGGGCUUGAAUUUCAUUGCUGGGAUAAUGCUCCUUGUAACAGAUAAUGAAGAUAUGACAUUUUGGUUACUUCAGAGUCUCAAAGAAAGAAUUCUUCCUGAUUACUAUACCAAAGAAAUGACUGGUCUUUUGACAGACAUUGGGGUUCUUGAGGAGCUAAUAAAGUAA